AUGACGAAUGCGGUUGCGAAUGCUGGCGGGUUUGGCUUUCUGGUACUGUUGGUCCCUUUGAACCAUCUGCAAUAUGCUAAUAUCAAAAAUAUCACAAAAUCUUCAAAUGCUGCAAUUGAAACAUUCCAUCCACCUCUUCGCACUGCAUCGUCAAUAUACUCCCUAAACUCUAUAAUCAGCCGAAAACAAUCCAUGCAUUACAUGCUCCCCAUGGCCCUCCUGGCCGCCACAGCCAUCGCCAGCAAUUUCAGCAAUGGCAUCUCCAAGGCGGUUGUUCCCAUCCGCCCAGUGCCCGAACCGCAUCCUAUAGUCCCCGAACCAGCUCCGUUGCCUGAACCACAUCCUAUGCCGGAACCAAUUCCUGAGCCUGAGCCACGCCCUCACAGAGGCCCAGACGACGGCCCCGAUGGCCCUUCCAGCAGCUCUUCCAACAGCUCUCCUACGGCUCUAAUACCGUCUCCAAUGGUCACGCCGUCUUUCACAUCGCAUGUCGCCUCGAGCACUGCGACGACAUCUGCGGUGUCGGCGUCGGCGCCGGCGCCGGUGGUGACUGCCGGGGUUGCUGCUAGUCUGAUUCCUAUCGGUGGUGCGUUUGUUGGGCUGGUUGGGGCUGUGUUGCUUUGA